ACAAAAAAAUCAUCUUUAUGUCAUUAGUUUAGACUAGAGUACCUAUAUCGAAUUAGUAUAACUUCAAUUUUGUCUUUCACAAUAAGAUAGGUGUUUUUCACAAUAACUCGGUGAAAUGGCAUCAAUCGCAGAUCAGCUGGAUCUGAAGUGCCGACUGUGUUUAUGUCUUAUCUCGGGAAAACGAUCUGCUUCGUCCAUGGACGAUGAGACCUUCCGGUCAAAAUUGAGUGCAGUUUGCAAUGUUUUGUUCGCGGUCAACGACCAACUUCCAACGAAAGUAUGUUCAGGAUGCAACAAGAAGAUUACGGAUUUUCACGGAUUCGUGGAAGCUAUACGAUGUAAUCAGGAACAGCUGGUAUCUAUGAUACUCCUCCCUGAAGUGAAGGAAGAGCACGAAUUAGUACUGAACAAUGAAACAAUAUUUGAAGAGGUAAAGCCCAAAGUAGAAAAAGAGGAAUCCUUUGAAGAUGACAACAUCGAACCGAUGGAAACGGUACAUGCGGAGAUUGCAGACGAAGAUGCCGAUGAGGAGGACGAUAACAAAUCUGACGCAUCUGAAGCACCAGUGGAAGAGGUCAAAGUAUCCGAUGAUGAUCGCAUGAUUUUACAAUACUUUACCCUUAACUGCGAUACGUGUCCAACUGUGUUUGAGACCUUCAAACAUUUGAAGCAGCACUGCAAAAAAGCGCACGGCCGGAAGCCAACGCUCCAGUGUGUGAAGUGCAACAAGAGUUUCCAGUACAAGUUCAAGCUGAUGCACCACAUCAAUCUUCAUCUGAGGCCAUGCAAAUGCGAAGUUUGUGGCAAGGGAUUUGCUGAUCAACAGGCAUUACGCGUUCAUCACUCAAACAAGCACGCGACUGAUGUGGAUAGACCAUUCAAGUGCGAGAAAUGUCCUCAAUCAUUCAUGAAAGAGAAUUCUCUGAAGUCUCACCUCAAACUGCAUGACCGGGUAGAUUGUCCGAUCUGUAAGAAAAAUUUGUCGAAUGUGUACAAUCUGAAGAGUCACAUGAGUAUCAUGCACAGCACUGAGGAGCGACAGUUCAUCUGCGACGUAUGUGGUAAGGAAUUCAAGUCUCGAGGUGCAAUGGAUUCGCACAGUGUGGUUCACAAGGAGCUGACUCGAGAGGAUGGAGCUCGAUGUGAAAUUUGCAACGUGUGGAUCAGCCGGAAGAACCGGCUUCGGCGACACAUGAUCGAGAUACACGAGUCGAAGGAAGCCGAAUGCAACGUGUGUCACAAAACGUACCCCAACAUGAAGGCCAUGGUCAACCACAGACGCAACAUCCACGGAGGGCAGACGUUCGAGUGCGAGAUUUGCGGCAAACAGUUCAAGAGGAGUAUCAACUUGAAGGAACACCGGGCAGCGGCCCAUACAGGAGAGAAACUGUAUUCGUGCGAGUUCUGUGGAAUGGAAAUGAACUCCAAUGCGAACCUGUAUCAGCAUCGAAAGAAUCGCCAUCCAUUGGAAUGGAUGGAGGCCAAACAGAAGGCUGCUAGGCUAAUCGAUUAGAGGAGUUUUUGUGUAUUUACGUACUAUGAUAGCUGUAAGAUAAGCAAGAAAAAAUUUGAAUAAUAAAUAAGUGAAUGCUCAACACA